GACACUCCCUCAGCCGGGACGCCCUCCAGGAACUCAGCCAAAACGCAACUUUGGGGAAAACGAAACUGCCAGGAAAAGGCGGCACCACUGAGGCUCCGUUAUCCUGGGAUCCGGAUCCGCACGCCAUCUGCUCCGCUCCGACACCAUGAACCCCAACUCCCAGCCCUUCUUCCCUGGCGCCCGCACCGCAGUGUCCCCGUCCUAUGAGGUGCUCAAGGAGGAACACGAGGUGUCUGUGCUGGGGGGUCCCCAGAGCUCGAUGGCAGCGAGGACGACGGUGAUCAACAUCCAGACGGACACGGCGGUGCCCGACCACAUCGUCUGGUCCCUGUUCAACGCCCUCUUCUUCAACACCUGCUGCCUGGGCUUCGUGGCGUUCGCCUACUCCGUGAAGUCUAGGGACCGGAAGAUGGUGGGAGACGUGAUUGGCGCCCAGAGCUAUGCGUCCACCGCCAAGUGCCUGAACAUCUGGGCUGUGGUCCUCGGCCUCCUGAUGACCAUCGGACUCAUUGUUGUCCUGGUCAUUGUGCUCCCGGGAGUCAUCCAUGCAGUGCAGCAGAACCCCUACGGAGGCGGCUUCUAGUCGCUGCCACGGCAGGUGCCGAGUCCUCCCACCCCCCUGGCCCCGCCCAGGCACCCACCCCUCACCCUGCCCCUGUACACACACCUGUCUGCAGCUGAGCUCAAUAAAGUGCGCCUGUACGUGA